AUGAAUUUACUUUGUCUUAAAGAUUUUAAAGAUUUUGAGUUUGAUUCGAAUUGGAGUCGAUUUGAUUACUUGUUAGAAGUAACAAAAAUUGAUCAAGAAAAAUUGAAAAAGAAAAGUUUAGAGGUCAAACAAGUUGAAGAAAAGAAAACACAGGGCUUUGUCUUCAAGUUGAAGUACUUUCGAAACAAUGCACUCAAACUAGAGAGUCUAAUAAAAAAGGAGGCUACAAAUUUCAAGCUGGGAAAGUUAAACAAGAAUGUUGGUCUCAGAAGUAAAUUUAAAAGCAACGAAGAAGAAGAGGGAGGGCUGAAAUUGAAGAGAAGCAAGAUUGGCAUACCAAGUUAUCCUAAUCCACCGCCAGACUUGCCUGAAAACUUCAAAAAGCAUAUCGUUAGCAACAUGGGUGGUUCGGAUUGGCUUUUGGUGAUACAAAAGCCCAUCUUUUUCUCUGACGUAAACCCUGGAGCCAGUCGCUUCUCCAUACCAUUCUCCCAAAUCCGAGGUCAUGAAUUUCUCUACAAAAAAGAGGCAGAAGAUUUGAAAGACAAAAAGGAUAUGCAAGUGCGCUUGUUAGAACCAUCCCUGGAGGAGACUACCCUGAACUUUUGGAGGUGGAAUAUGGUAAAAAGUUCAAUGUAUGUUCUGACCACAAUGUGGAAUUCGGUUGUUAGGAAUAAUCAACUCGAGAUUGAUGAUGUGGUGCAGUUGUGGUCUUUUCGAGUUGAAUCCCGUCUUUGCUUUGCACUUGUAAAGGUUGAUGAUGUCCAGAAAGGAAGCGAAGAAUGGGUUAGGCACAGCAAGAGCAAUGAAAACGGUGCAAGUUCAAGUCAUCAAGAAGAGGGACAUGGUGGUUGUAGAAGGAUAAGCUGUUAAGAUGGUUCAGGUGCAAGCUGUAGCAAAAGUGAUGGUGAAAGAAUAAGGUAAUGGCAGAAAAGGCUGGAGAAGAAGCCGCGAGCGCAAAGUAGUUUCCAUUUCUUUAGGAUUUUCAUGAAGUUUUAUUGUUUAAUGCAGUUAAUCUUUUAAAUUCUUUCAGCAACUCUUAGAAUUAUUGCAAUUAAUAUCCUAUUAACGAUUCGAAAUAACAUUCUAU